AUGCACGACGCACAAAACAACCGGGCCACGGCCUGGGGAAAUCCCGGUGCUGCCAAUGACAGGGCGGCAAUGCCACAAUCCCGGAUCUCCGCGAGCAAGCCUCUUUUAUCCAAGAUAUUACUAUUCUUGCUGCCAAAACCUGUGCUGCUGCGCGAUAUCCGGUUCCCGUUGCCACUGCAAUCAAAAGAGUCUGGAGUGCGGCCCUCAGAUCUCGGAUUCGACGGCGGACAGGAGAAACGGCAGGUCAACACGACGAACCUCCACCUCCCAUCAAAACUAUCCACAUCCCAAUUCCUCGCGGAUCUCUCCCAAGUAUCUGGCACGGACCUAACAGGCCAGCCCUUCAACGCCACCACCCUCGGCAUCGCGGACCUCUACACAAUCCACAUCUUCACCUGCUGUGCCCAACCGGACCACUGCACCGCGCCCGUCCUCGGCCCGUCUUUCGACCCCCUGCUACACUUACGCCUCGGAAUCGGCGCUGUCGACAAACUCCCCGAAGACCUCGAAGACGCGCUAAGCCUGUACCGCUCCGUCUCGCCCAUGCUCGGCGCCGUCUUAAUUCUCGGCUUCGUGUUCGUCCUUUCGGCGCCGAGCGUGACCCUCCUCAGUAGGCGCCUCUACAUCGCGGGGCGCGUUGCCCUUACCCUGGCGGCCCUGAGCGCCGUGUUGCUUCUCAUUGGUUGCAUCGCCGGUCGUGUGAUGGGCGAGAGGCUUUCCCGCGCGCUGAACGAUGCAUUCGAGGAUUUAGGUAUCACGGCCGAGGAGGGUGGCUUGCUGUAUCCAGCUUGGGCGGCUAUUCCGGUAUGUUUUGCGAAUACGCUGCUUAUCUUCUUGCGAACGAAGAAGGAGUCGCCCCUGGACUUUAUCGAAGAGAGGGAGAAGGCCAAGGAAAAGGCAAGGGAGAGAGAAAGAUUAAAGGAGAAAGAGAAAGGGAAGGAGAAGGAGAAGGGGAAGGGAAAAGAAAAAGACAAGAAAUUGGCAGAGGAAAAGGAAAACGAGAGAAAGGCCAAGGGAGCGUCUGAUGAACACAUCUCCGCAGCCGAGAUAGGACAGGCUUAUGGCAGCCCCUCCGACUAUAAUCCGUAUCAAGCGCACGCGACGCAGGAGGAGGGCGUGAAAGAGCCCGUCAUGAGCAAGGUGGCGAGAACAAGCUUUGCGGAAGGAGAAAGCCAAUGGGAAGACGGACGGAGUGCGAGAGCAGAGCAGCGCAGCGGCGAGCCGCCCUUUAGGACGCCGAGUGUGAGGAGGCAUCAUGAUUCGGAUGCGUGGUAUGUCAACUACAGAGGAGUGCAGGUCCGGCGAUCUGAUUCCAUUACAAAUUGA